GACCGUACAUCACAGACAACCUUAGGUCCUGUAUCCUUUACAUACUCUCUCUAAAACAAAAAGUACUACGUCGAGGGUCCCACGUGGGGCCUCAACCCUCUUCUGGAGUCAAACAUACAUACCAACCGUAAUCUCCCUGUUUUUCAUGGAAAGCCAAGAACAUGCGGGUGAAAUUGAUAUGCUAUAAACUGUACAACUCUCUGUUGCUUUUAGCAAUUAUGAUUUCCCCCGCUAACUUUCCCACUUGAUCUCUCCAAACCGCGUCUUAACUUCCACCCUUUUCUGCUUUUCCUUUGCUCUUUUGCUUCUUUCCGCGACAUUCGAAUCAUUAGAUCAGUAGGUAAACGAAUUCAGAAGGUGCCGCCAUGGUAGACUUUUGAUCCUCUACUCUGAACUCACUACUCUGGCUCGCUUGCUUCGACCCGGAUGAGUGAUGACCGCCCUCAAGCAGCAGAACCAUAGCGGGAGGAUUUCCGGGCUCUUGAGAUUCAUUCAUGGCGUCGCUUGGAUAGUCGAGCUGCUUGUUCUGAUACAGUUGUCACCGCUCGCCUCCGCACAGUACUUACCGCCACCGCAAGGUGGGCCGCAGGAUCCACUCGCCGGUCUUAAGUUCGACAAGCGAAUGGCACUCAUCAUGGUGAUCCUCGUCGCGGUCUUCUUUGUCCUCGGCUUUCUCUCAGUCUACAUGCGCCAGUGCAGAGACUACCGCAUCCGCGGCCUCCUCGACCACUCCAUCCCUGUCGGUGGAAACGACCGGCGCUCUCGCAUGGCGCGUGGCCUCGACUCGAGCACUAUCGACAGCUUCCCGACCUUUGUGUAUUCCACAGUCAAGGGGCUCAAGAUCGGCAAGGGUUCGCUGGAGUGUGCCGUGUGUUUGAACGAGUUUGAAGACGACGAGACGCUGCGUUUACUCCCCAAGUGCAGCCACGUCUUUCACACCGAUUGCAUCGACGCCUGGUUGGCUUCUCACUCCACGUGCCCCGUUUGUCGGGCCAAUCUUAUCCUAAAACCUGGAGAAAUCCCAUCUGUAAUGCAUAUUCCCGAUCUCGACAACGAUCCGGUCGAACCCGAUCGGCUACCCGAUCCCGACGAGACUCAAUCUCGUGUCGCUGAUAAUCACGUCAUAGAGAUAGAUGCUCCGAACGUGAAUUUAGUAAAUCAUGCUCAGGGGACCAAUCAGAACCGUCCACCCCGUUCUCGGUCAUCGGGGUUCCGAAUUACCGGGAUAUUCCCGCGGUCACACUCGACGGGUCACUCGCUGGUUCAACCGGGCGAGAACUGCGAGAGGUUCACGCUGAGGUUACCGGAGGACGUAAGGAGUCGACUGAUAAACUCGACCUUGAACCGGACGAGCAGCAGCACGGCGUUUCCUCGAGUGAUGAGUUCGAGGAGGGGAUACCGGAGUGCCAGUGUGGGGACUGGGGGUGGAAGAAACUAUAUGUUCCAAGAGAGGGUCAACCGAUCGGGCCGGUGGCGAUUUCCUCUGACAAGAAGUUUUCUUUCCCGGGCCGGUUCAGCACGUUCUCAAAAGGCGGCGAUGGACGACGUCGGAGAAAGUUCGUCGGAUCGGCUCCGGCCUGACAGUCAAGUUUAGGAGGUUAAUAACUUGAUGGAUUGAGUUUUCCGGCGUUUGACCAAUUCAGAUUCCGUGUACAUUGUGUUUCUCUCUUAAUUUCUGUCCCUUUCAUUAUUUACUGAAUUCACAGAUAUUGAAACCACUUUUACGAUCCACUGAAUACGGAAAUUUGAGUGUAAAAUACAUAUAUUUCACUAGAAAUUAUAAAUUUUGCUUA